UGAACUCUAUCGGGUGUCCUGUGGAUACCAAUUGAAUAAUGAAUUACACACUUAUUGAACAUUAGAACAUAAAAAAGCAAAUGCAAUAAAAUUUAUAAUUAACAAUUUAUUAACUACUGAUAUUAAUAUUUAAACUUUCGUACUGCGUAUUGUUUGAAAUGUCUAACAAAGGUGUGGAUAUAGGUUAUGUAGAAGAAAAGGAUUCCUGGUUAUUACAUCCAAGAUUUUUCCCAAGUAAAGUGGGAGGGAAACCUUCCUGGUUAAAUUUAAGUAAUGUCCUAUCACCAACCGAGCUCACUUGUAAACACUGCACUGAUGUUAUGAUGUUUUUGUGUCAAAUAUAUGCUCCAUUUGAAGAGCAAGACGAUACCUUUCAUCGAACACUUUUUGUGUUCAUUUGUAAGAAUGGUUCAUGUUGUCGAUUAAAUAACUCUGAUAAUAUAAAAGUAUUCCGUUGUCAGCUGCCAAGAAAGAAUGAAUUUUAUUCAUUUCAACCUUAUGAAGAAAAUAAGGAAGAGGUAGUUUUAAUAAAAAUGGUAUUCCCAAUGGAUAAAUGGACAAAACUAUGUCAUGUCUGUGGGUUGAAGGCACCAUCACACUGUUCAAAUUGUAAAAAUGUUUACUACUGUUGUAGAAAGCACCAAAUAUUACAUUGGCAGAAAGGUCACAAAGAAUCCUGUACAAAUGUCUCAGAGAUUGAUGACCACUAUUUUACUAUAACAGAGUCUGGAAAAGAUCUGCUCUUCAAAGAGUGGGAACUUAUCGUUGAUGAGGAAGAUGAAGAAGAUGUUAAAGAUGUUGACACCAAUGAAGAGAUGGAAAAAUUGAGAAAACUAAUACAGGAGCAAAAAGCGGGAACAAUGAAUGAUGUUAAUGAUAGUGAACUAGAAGAAUAUAGUAGAAACAUCCCUGAAGACAAAGUAUUUAAUAAAUUUAAUAAGAGAAUUGCAAGGCAUCCUGAUCAAGUGUUACGGUAUGAUAAAGGUGGUACCCCACUCUGGAUAACUGGAAAUAGCAAUGUCCUAAUCGAUGUGCCUAAUUGUCAAUACUGUAAUGAAGAAAGGCAGUAUGAAUUUCAGAUCAUGCCACAACUUCUAAACUUUAUAAAUGUUGGUAUAGAACUUAAUAGCAUUGAUUGGGGAGUGCUAGCAAUAUAUACCUGCAAACAGAGUUGUAAUAAAGGGCCGGCAUACAAAGAAGAAAUUGUAAUUAAACAAGAUUUGACUACAUAA